AUGGCUCGAAUCUCCAUCGUCAUGUUCAUUCAACUAGCAGUAUGUAUUAGUAUAUCUCAUGCUGCUUUAACAUGUUAUUCAUGUAGUAAUUGUGGCAUAACAUGGAAUGAUUCAAAGGCUACUAUAGUCCAAACAUCAGGUUCUGGUGAUUAUUGUCGAAAAACAGUUGCAGGAGUUGUUAUCAACAGAGAUUUCUCGUCGUCGUGUUCAUCAGCAAAUGUUCUUGGUCAUGGAAUAUUUUGUUGUGACACAGAUUUAUGUAAUUCAGCAAACAAGCAAUCGCUAACAAUGAUUCAUUGUGGAAUUUUCAGUACUUUUAUAUAUAUAAUUUAUCGUUAUUUUUAUUAA